UCUUAGACCUGCACGACAUGGAUUCAGUCAGAGGCAGCUAUCUGGGAUUCGAUUUCAGUACACAGCAGGUAAAGGUGGUUGCUAUAGAUGAAGACUUACAAGUAAUUUACCAAAAUAGCAUCCAGUUUGAUACGGAACUCCCAUUGUACAGGACUCAAGGAGGUGUCCAUAUCCACAAUGACAAUUUAACUGUGACUGCUCCAGUAUUAAUGUGGGUACAGGCACUUGACAUUUUGCUGGCAAAGAUGAAAACCUCAGGAUUUGACUUUGCUAGUGUGAAAGCCUUAUCUGGAAGUGGGCAGCAACAUGGUAGUGUGUAUUGGAAAAAAGGAGCUUGCAAGAUUCUUCAAAGCACCUCAUGUAAUAAAUCUCUACAUGAUUUACUAAAGAAUUGCUUUUCGGUGACCGAUAGUCCUGUGUGGAUGGAUUCCAGCACGUCCUUAGAGUGCAAACAUUUAGAACAAUCUGUAGGGGGAGCGCUGAACCUCUCCUAUAUAACUGGCUCCCGGGCAUAUGAGAGAUUUACUGGAAAUCAGAUUGCAAAGAUGUUCAAAAUGAAGACUGAAGAAUAUAAUCAAACUGAGAGAAUAUCUUUGGUCAGUAGUUUUGCUGCAUCUCUCUUUCUUGGUGAUUAUGCAGCUGUCGAUUACAGUGAUGGUUCCGGAAUGAAUUUACUGGAUAUUUAUAAGAGGAAAUGGUCGAAACAGUGCUUAGAGGCUUGUGCUCCUGAGCUGGAGGAAAAACUUGGAACUCCUGUGCCUUCAAUGUCAGUUUUGGGUUCAGUUUCUUCUCACCUUGUCAGACAUUAUGGUUUCUCACCAGCAUGUAAAGUCAUCGCUUUUACAGGUGACAACCCAGGAUCAUUAGCUGGAAUGAGGCUGAAAGAAGGAGACAUUGCUGUGAGCUUAGGCACCAGUGAUACAGUAUUUCUAUGGAUCCAGAACCCAAACCCAACGGUAGAAGGACAUAUCUUUUGCAAUCCUGUUGAUAUUAAGGAUUACAUGGCAUUAAUAUGUUAUAAGAACGGCUCUAUUGUCCGAGAGAGAAUCCGAAAUGAAUGUGCUACCGGUUCAUGGGAAGAGUUCUCUAGCGCUCUCAAAUCAACUCCUAUUGGAAAUAAUGGGAAUUUGGGGAUUUUCUGUGAUGUAAUGGAAAUUACUCCCAGUGGCUUGCUGGGUGUGCACCGAUUUAAUGAAGACAGUGUCAAGGUACCUCAUUUCUCAAAGUUCAUUGAAAUUAGAGCUCUUAUUGAAGGACAGUUCUUGGCUAGGAGACUUCAUGCAGAAAAACUGGGCUAUAAAAUCAUUCAUGGAACUCGCAUCCUAGCAACUGGAGGAGCUUCUUCAAACAAGGAUAUCCUCCAGGUCUUAGCUGAUGUGUUCAAUGCUCCAGUAUUCACUAUUGACACCACGAAUUCUUCAUGUCUAGGAUGCGCUUAUAGGGCAAAGCAUGGGCUUGUAUCUGAGAUGGGAGUGACUUUUGCUGAGGCAGUGAAAAUGGCAUCUGAACCAACGCAAGUCGUGACACCAACACCAGGUGCAGAACAGGUUUACAGGCCUCUGCUGGCAAGAUACGCACAACUCGAGGAGAAAGUGUUCUUAGAAUCGAAGCAAUAAAUGAGCUCCCUCUGGCCUUCAUCACACUUUGUCUUUUCUGUAAAUGCUAUCGAUUAAGAGAAUGCUUUCAUUUCAAGCUGAAUGACAAGCAGCAUUAAAGUUAACUCAAUUAUAAAAUUUUUCUACAACCUAACAAAGAAAAGCUACAGCUGGCUACUUAAUAAACUUCAGUGUAUAACAUAUACACAUUUGGGUUCUUUUAAAUUAUACAUGCAAUUUAGGAAGACCCAAAGAGAAUUUUUUUCCUCACUGGAUAUGUUACCAGAAUUUCUUUUCUUUAGUGUUCUCAGAAUAGUUGUGAUCCUUUGUGAAAACCUUUUGUAAUUCUUACUUUGAUGUUUCACAGUCCUGCUGCAGCCUUCGCAUGAAUUCAGACAAAAUCCUGUGGGCCUUGCUCUCUCCUGGCAAACCAUUUAGCAAGCAGGUUGGUGACCUAGAAGUCAGACAUCCUGUGGAUAACAAAAACGAAUCCAUGGUGAAGAUUUUAAGUAUGACCUAAGACAGCAUCAGUGUUGCCUAGGGUAUCAGUCUUUCAGAAGAUCAAAGCCAUCUAAGGUUUUGAAGAAACGUAAACCUGUCACUGGAAUCUGUUUGUCUUUCUGAUAAAAGUUGCACUUGUCAGUAUUGUGAAUGUUCAAAACUUUUACAAACAAGUAGCUUCUUGGUGUUGUUGAGGAACUUUCAACUUUAAUAACAGUGAACACAAAAUGCUAGUAAAAAAGGAAGUACGUCUUUACUAUUUUGUGUUGAACCUUUCAUCAGUUGGCACUGCCCAGCUCUCAAACAGCUGACCAAUGACAUGUCACAUGAAAAUUUGUGUUUUGCCUUAGGUCCAAAGGUAUUGUCCUUCAUCCUGCACCUUCCGCGACCCAGGCCGCUCCUAAUUAUCUCAAGCUCCUACAGACAUGUAGCUCACGGGUGUCUGCCCUUCUUGCAUUCAAGCUGGUAACGGCCACCAUGACAAUCAGUUCUCCUUCCUUUUAAUAAGUGCAGUUAUGAGGACGAGAGCCAGUGGUAAAGAUUUGAAGGCAAGCUAAGACAAAGUAAGGUCUAAGAUGCAGUUUAUGUUGAGCAAAAUGUGUACCGUAUAUACUCACGUAUAAGUUGGGUCUUGAAACCCGAAAAAUCGAUCAUAAAAUCAGACCCCGACUUAUACACCCGU